AUGCAUGGAGAGAGAGAGAAAGAAGGGGGCGGUGCCUAUUUUGCGGCGGCUGACGCCGGCCCUGGCUGCCUUGCUGUUGCAGCGUCCUUCUACGGGGCGAGCUACAUCGCGGUGCCGCUACAGGACGCACGCAGCACCACCGAGCUGGAGAUGCGGUUCCGCACGCGGCGCGCCGACGCCAUGCUCUUCCUGGCCGCCGGCCGCAUCGACUACUGCCUCGUCAUCCUCGAGACCGGCAGACUCAAGGUGCGCGUCAACGUGGGCGACGGCGAGCGCGAGAUCUCGUCGCCCAAGGGGCUGCGCCUGGACGACCUGCAGUGGCACGACGUGCUCAUCUCGCGCCGCGACGCCGCCUUCAGCCUCACCAUCGACACCAUUCACGUCGUCACGGAGAAGCUGCCGGGGCGCUUCUUCGAGCUGAACGUGCACUUCGGGCUGUUCGUGGGCAGCCAGGGCGACUUCUCGGAGCUGUUCCUGGGCCACCUGGAGAACCUGCGCGGCUGCCUGGCCGACGUGCGCUACAACGGCGUCGACGUGCUGCGGCGCGCGCGCGAGAGGCACGGCCACGUCGACGUGCACGGCGUCACCUGGACCUGCGCGCCCGAGUUCGACGCCGCCAGCGACCGCGACAUCAGCUUCGUCGAGAACGACGCCUUCCUAGCGCUGCCCAACCUCAUCUCGCGUACCGGCGUCAGGUGGCGCAUGGACGUGAAGACGGCGUCGCCGCUGGGGCUGCUGGUCUACAACGCGGGGCUGACGACGCAGUCGGACUUCGUGGCCCUGGAGCUGGUGGACGGCCGGCCGCGACUGCUGCUCAACAAGGGCAACGGACCCACAGAGCUGCAGAGCGACGUCGCCGUGGCGGACGGCGCCUGGCACACGCUAGCCGUCCACUUCAACCCCACCUUCAUGGAGGUCUCCGUGGAUGGCGCCGUCUCCAGUCUGCGCCUCCCACCGGGCGGUAGCCGCUUCUUCGACCUCGCUGACACCGUGUUCGUGGGCGGCACGGAGGUGAACAAGCGGGCGCGCGCGCGGACGCAGGGCGUGCGGUCCGCGACUGCGUCGUUCCGCGGCUGCGUGCGCAACAUGUGGGCCGAGCAGCGGCGCGUCGGCUUCCCCGAGGCGCGCGUCACGCACGGCGUGCUGCCCGACUGCGUGUGGGCGUUCGCGUGCGCCGCGCGCCAGCCCUGCGUGCCCUCGGCGCGCUGCCACCAGCACGGCGUCGACUCGUUCCGCUGCUCCGACUGCGGCCAGCCCAUGUGCGUCAAGCCCGACUACGCGGAGAGCUACAAGGUGUUCUCCAAGCCGACGCUGCCGGUCGACCUGGAGAUCCUGGUGCUGACGCCGCUGCAGGUGGCCGAGGGCGGCUCGGCGCCGGUCACGACGCGCAACGUGGACGUGGUGCUGGACUUCCCCAAGUACGGCGUGCGCGACACGGGCGUGCUCUUCUUCGUGGUGGAGCCGCCCAGGCACGGCCGCCUAGAGGUGGACCGCCAGCCGCACGGCCAGGGCCAGCAGUCGCAGUCGCAGGCGCCGCUCGCCUUCACGCUGCUCGACAUGACCAAGGACAAGGUGCGGUACACGCACGACGGCUCGGAGCAACACCAGGACGCGGUCUCGCUGGAGGUGGAGCUGUCGCCCGACGCGGAGUUCACGCUGCCCGGCUACCUGCAGGGGCGCCACCGCUUCGCGCUGCACGUCAACGUUACGCCCGUCAACGACCCGCCGCUGCUCUUUCUGCCGCCCGGCAAGACGCUGCGCCUGGCCCAGGGGACGCGCAAGGUGCUGACGCGGUCGCUGCUGCGCGCCGAGGACCCGGACAGCCCGCCCGAGGAGCUGGUGUUCACCGUGCUGAGCCGCGACGCGGCCGGCGGCCACGUUGAGCGCGCGCUGCAGCCGGGCCGGCCGCUCGACUCGUUCACGCAGCGCGACCUGGACGCCGGGCUCGUCGCCUACGCCCACCCGCCGGCGUCGGCGUCGGCGUCGCCCGGCGCCUCGGCCGGCGCGCAGUCGCGGCUCGCGCUGCAGGUGUCCGACGGCAUCGAGACGAGCGCCGCCGCCGUGCUGCGCAUCGCCGCCUACCCGCUGCAGCUCACGCUCAUCAACAACACCGGGCUCGUCAUCACGCACAGGACGUGGGCGCGGCUGCAGCCGGGGAACCUGUCUUUCGCGGUGAACGCGGACGACCCCAGCCUGGACGUGCGCUACGAGGUGGUGCGUCCGCCGCAGUUCGGCCACGUGCAGCGGCUGCGCGGCGCGGGCGCCGACGGGCCCUCCUCCACUCCGUCGCAGUGGGUCAACGUGGACCACUUCACCAACCACCAGCUGGCGCGCGGGCUCGUCCGCUACGUGCACACCGAGGGCGCGCCCGCCCACGACGACUUCAAGUUCAAGGUGUCGGUGCUGGACGUGGAGAGCCCCAAGACGUACGACUUCCGCGUGACGUUCACGGAGCUGCAGCUGGUGGCGGAGCGCGCGCACGAGCUGCUGCUCAACGGCAGCCGCGACGCGCUGCUGACGGACGCGCAGCUCAGCUUCCGCACGGCGCCGCUGCCCACCGACGCGGCGCUGGUGCAGUACCGGCUGACGGCGGCGCCGCGCUACGGCGCGCUGCACCUGCAGGGCUCGUUCCGCGUGACUGCGCCGGGCUGCGAGCCGCUGAUGGGCUCGCUCUCACUGGUGCACGUGCCGUCCGUCAAGACGCGCGCCGAGGUCCGCGCCACGCUGGAGCGCCUCCAGGUGACGGAGGGCGGGCGCGAGCCUGUGCUGCGGACGCACCUGGACCUGGAGACGGCGGGCAUCACGCAGCUGCUGUACAACGUGACGCACGGCCCGCGGCACGGCCGGCUGGACGUGAUGGACGUCGGCAUGGUGCAGACGCUGCGCGAGGCCACCAACUGGUUCUCGUCGCGCGAGCUACUCACCGAGCGCGUCUUCUACGUGCACGACGACUCGGAGACGCGCCGCGACUCCUUCCACUUCGUCGCGCUCUCCAGCGAGGAGGAGGACUUCCAGUACGUCGGCGUCUUCCACGUGGACGUCCUGCUGCGGAACGACAACACGCCGGUCAGGGCGGUGGAUAAGGUGUUCCGAGUGGUGACGGGCGGGGAGCGGCUGCUGACAGGUGACGAUCUGCGCUACUCGGAUGCCGACAUCGACACCAAGCCGUCCGACAUCCUGUACACGCGCCGCGGCAUCCCCAACGGCGGCAUCUUCCAGGCGGCCAGUCCUAACGAGGCGCUGUUCGAGUUCACGCAGGAGGACCUCGACAAGCGGCGCGUGCUCUUCCGGCACGAGGGCGACGAGUACGGCAAGGUGGGCCUCUGGAUCACCGACGGCCAGUUCUACGCCAACGGCAUCCUCGAGGUGCGCGCCUCGCCGCCCUUCGUCGAGAUUGUCAACAACACCGGCAUCAUCGUCAAGCAGGGCGGCGGCGUCGUCAUCAGCACGUGGAACCUCAGCGCCGAGACCAACCUCAACGUCUGGGGGGAACAGAUCUCCUAUGAGGUGACGGAGGGCCCCAGCCACGGACAGCUGGUGGUGGGCCGGGAGGGCGCGGCGUCGCGCUUCUCGCAGCUGGACGUGGAGCGCGGCGCGCUGCUGUACAAGCACGACGCCUCCGACUACUACAGCGACCGCGUCGCCUUCCGCGCCGACGCCGGCGGGCGCGCCUCGGCCGACGGCCAGCUGCUGGUGCGCGUCUUCCCCGCCGCCUACUGGGAGCCGCUCGUCGUCGCCGCCAACCGCACGCUGCUCGUCGAGGAGUCCACCAGCGUCGUCGUCUCGUCCGACGUCCUCAAGGUGAUGCACCCGCAGAUCCCGCCCACGGACAUCGUGUUCACGGUGGUGGAGCCGCCGGCCUACGGCUACCUGGAGCUGGAGCCUCCGUCGCUGUCGGCGCAGCCGAGCUGGAACGCCAGCGAGGAGGCGGGCGCGCUGCCCGGCUCGCUGUCGGAGUUCGACCAGUCGACGGUGGACGAGGGCCGGCUGCUGUACGUGCAGGCGGCGGCCAACCGCAGCCGCGACCACGUCACGCUGGACGUGGGCAACGGCGUGCGCUGGCUGCGCGGGCUGCGCCUGCAGCUGGUCGUGGUGCCGGAGCGCCUCUACCUGGCGCCCGCCGCCGCCGCCCAGACCGUCACCGAGUUCCGCGUGGCGCGGCCGCCGCGCGCCGGCAGGCUGCGGCUCGCGCCGCCCUCCCCCAAGGGCGGCCCCUCGGCGCCCACGCUGCUGCGCUUCACCACGGCCCAGCUGCAGGCCGGGCUCGUCCAGUACGAGCACGACGGCAGCGAGACGCUGAGCGACGACCUGGUGGUGGUGGGCGUGGCCGGAGAGAAGCGCAGCGAGCCCGCCACGGUGCGCGUACACGUGGCGCCCGUCAACGACGAGCCGCCCACGCUCGUCAACAACACCGGGCUCGUCGUGUGGGACGGCGCCUCCGCCGUCAUCACGCCCGCUCACCUCGCUGCCGCCGACGCAGACACGUCGGCCGCCAACCUCACGUUCAUCGUAUCGUCUCCACGAGCCGGACACGUGGCGCUGUAUGCUGCGCCGUCUCUGCACGUCCGCAAGUUCACGCAGGCCCAGUUGGACUCGCACCAGAUCAUCUUUGUGCACAGCGGUGGCAGCGUCCCCGCGGGCUUCGAGGUGUCGGUGAGCGACGGCGCGCGCACGGCGGGCCCCUUCAACGUGACGGCGCGCGUGCGGGCCGUGUCGCUGCGCGUGGCCGCCUCUGGCGCGCUGCACGUGUUCCCGCAGCGGCGCGCCGCGCUCUCGCCGCAGCAGCUGCUGGCCACGGCGUCAGACUGGCAGGCGCCGCGGCCCAGGCACGUCGUGUACGCCGUCUCGCGCCAGCCGCAGCUCGGCCGCCUGCUCUUCGUCAGCGGCGCGCAGGGUGCCCAGAGGCAGCUGCAGCUGGCAGACAACUUCACUCAGCGUGACGUCAACGAGAGCCGCAUCUGGUACGAGAACACGCACAAGUUCUUCGGGCUCUCCACCAACGACUCGUUCACUGUCGACAUACGCGCCGACUUUGCCGAGUCAAUCUUGGGCCAUGUGGUGGACGUGGACAUCUCCGUGUCGUCCGGCGGGCUGGAGCAGUUUCUGCCGCUGCCGACACUGCUGGUGGAGGAGGGCGGGUCGGCGCAGGUGCGCAUCAACACGAGCGGCGUGGCCGCCUUCCUGGACAGCCGCGCCGAGGUCGAGGUGGCCUGCCUGCUUCUCGACCUGGCGGCGCCGCUGCAGCACGGCCAGCUCAUCAUCAGCGGCAGCGACAACGAGACCAUCUUCACCCAGUCAGAGAUGGACGCCGGAGAGGUGGUGUACCAGCACGACGGGUCGGACACGCUGAGCGACGAGCUGCGCUUCUCGCUGCGGCUGGAGCCGGGCAGCGUGCUGCUGCUGAACGCGACGCUGCCUGUGACCGUGGCGCCCGUCAACGACGAGCCCUUCCGACUGGUGACACCGGCGCCGCACGCCACCGUGGUGCAGGGCCAGGCGCGCGCCCUCUCCAGGGAGCUGCUGCUCACCGAGGACGACGACACGCCGCCCGCCCAGCUCGUCUACGAGGUCAUCAGCGGGCCCAGCGCCGGCCGCCUCGUCAACGCCGCCAACGCCUCGCUCGGCGCCGCCAACGAGACGGUGGUGAGAUUCACGCAAGCGGACAUCGACGCUGGGAACUUGAUCUAUGAGCACUCGGGCCCGCUGCAGCCGGCCACGUUCUACUUCCGCGUGUGGGACGGCCGCUUCAACCCCAACUACACGGUGUUCACGUUCCACGUGCUGCCGCUCACGCUCAACGUGUCUUUGGGCCGGCCGGUGGCCCUGCAGCAGGGCUCGAGCGUGGCGCUGCUAACGGCCGACCACCUGGUCGUGUCGACCAACGGCCGGCCCGAGGACGUACGCUACAACGUCACGCGGCCGCCGCGCCACGGCGCCGUCUACGUCCACGACUCGCCGGCCCGCGAGUUCUCGCAGGCCGACCUGGACACCAAGCGCGUCAUGUUCAUGCAGUCCGACAUGACGGCCGAGAGCGACGCCUUCCAGCUGCGCGCCUGGCUGCCCGACGGAGGCUCCGGCGCUCCGGCCGUCGUCGUCAACGGAAUCGACGUCGAGGUCAGCGUCGAGCCGCUCGUCAGGAUAGGCAACUUCACUCCGACGGCCGGCGCCAAGAACCGACUGGGACUCCACGCGCUCGACGCCACGCCUCUGGCGAAGCUGACCAACAGCAAUCCGACGUACCUGGUGGAACGCAGGCCCAGACUGGGCCGCAUCAAGAAGAUCAUCCGCAGCUCCGGCGAGAAGAGAAAGGAGCGAGAGCGCGAGGUGAAGCAGUUCUCGCACGAGGAAGUCGAGAGCGGCGUCAUCUACUACGUGGCGAGGGCGCUGCCGCGGCUGGAGCCCGGAGGGGCAGAGGACGCCUUCCAGUUCGUGCUGAGAGCUUCCAUCUUCCAACCCGCUCGCGGAGAGCUGAGGUUCUUCGUCAGGCCAGAGAUGGUCGCGGGAGUGGUCAGCGACGCGGCGAGCGAUGUGGGCGCCGCGGUGCAGUCGACGAGAGGUCCUCCGCAGCCGCUGCCGGGGCCCAAGAGCCCCGUCAGUCGCGAGAGCGAGCAGUCUUCCGGCACUGUCAUGAGCAGUGACUACGUGCUCAUCGUGAGCAUGGUCUUGGGGGUGGUAGUGGUGUCUAUUCUCGUCGCGGUUGUGGUCAAGUGCCGUUCGUCGAGAGCCAGGGCGGCAGCCAGCGGCCGCGCUGUCCAGUCGAAGGUGGACCUGUCUGUGCCGCCUCCGCUGCCUCGCCCGCCCCCAGACGAUCUCCUGCCCCCGGCCCCCGCCUCCCCCAGCGGCCUCCAACGCGGCGGUAUCAGCGCCAAACGGUUUGCGGCCAACGGCUCCCCAACUCCGCUCGGUUCGGGACUGCCGCCGCCGUCCGUUCUCCAGUGCAAAGUGAUUCCUCUGGAACCCGUCGAGUCUGUGGCUGGUUCUGACGGCGAACUCAAUGCCCGGUACCCCUACGGCGUUGCCGACGAACCGACGGAGGAGUGGAGCAGUUACGAUGCGUCCGAAAUCGCGUAUCCUCCACGGACAAACAACCCCAUGCUGCGACGGAACCAGUACUGGGUAUGAGAGUUCAUGGCAACGUAGAACAUUGAAAUUGCAGUACAAACAGCGCACAUCUCAGGGCCAGGGAAACUGUCGCUUACGGCAGCAUGGACGCUCGUAAGACUUAAAGAAUUUCGCACGGAUUCCCAGAUAUAUGAAACAAGGGAAUUUGGUUGUCGUUAAUCUGCUACAAAGGCGUCAGAAAUUAUUGCGUACACAUAAUCUUGAACAUAAACUUACAAGUCUGUAACAGUAACUUGUGAGAUACAGAACAACCUGUAAUGAGUUCACACGAAAGUAACUAGCUACUCAUCUACACAUUCGUGAGCAAUCCAUAGGAAAGAACAGUGAGCAUUCAGCUUCACACACAAAAGUGAAAUAAGAAAAGAUGGCAAUCAAAGUGAAAGGAGGAAAUGUCGGACACACAGGUGACGUUCCCAGAUAAGUUAAUAAAUUUGUUUUUAACAGAAUUGCCCCGUCAUUAUAAACUGUUAAAUGCUGUCCGUUCUAAUGGACACAAUAAACAGGAUUGGGACGUUCUUAAAUAAAUAUGCCUAUCUGAGUGAAAUAACAAAAUAAUUUGUGAGAAAUCGAGUGUCAAGGAAAUGGUCAAUUACUGCUCAUUAGACACAGAAACUAAUAUCAUAGUCCGCAGUUUCAGAAACUACUGCACACUGGGCGAUAAAAUUCUGUAUUCUGAAGGUGUACGUGAAGGAGUAACUAACACAUACAUUUGAUAUUAACACAGUUAAUUAAAGAACGUUUAUUCUGGACGUAUCUAAGAUUUAAGAAAAUAUAUUUCUCGUUGAUUGUAACAAGAAUAAACAAAUCUCUACAUGAGCUCUCCAUAAUCAUUCGAACUCUCCAAUGGAAAUAAAGCGCAAAAAAAAUCUGAAAAAAGUUGCCAAAACGCAAAUCGUGAACUGCACUGUCUCCACAGCUGUUCGGACAAGUGGCUAUUUUGUUGUGUAUCGUAAGAGUAAUUAUUUUUUAGAACUUUGUUAUGCAUAUGCCUGACAUACUGAUAACGCAGUCACUUACUAUUGUGACCUAUCGAUUACCUACGAUCCUGUUUUCCAGAGACAUUCAGGUCUUUCCUCGAGUGCUACAGUGUUUAUAAACUCUUUGUCUUUCUGCAGCAAGUGUGGCACUACAUAAUACAAAAUCUUCCGACUCGUUACAGAAAUACUGCUUUAAAAUGUACUGAAUUUCUUUCUGUGACAACGCAACUGUCAUUCGAUACUGGUUUCACUUACAUGAAACUGUGACUAUCGGCUCAAUUACAAGAUAAUACUGUAAAAAUAUAUGAUUGUAUGUAUGAAAAAUGUGGAAAUGACUUGAUACAGGAAUGUAUUUUUUUAGGAAUGACUAUUAGA